AUGUGGCAAGUUUUGUCGGGAUGUGUCUCCGUCUCGGCUAAUUUGAGUAGACGGGGUAUUAGUUAUGAGGUUGGUUGUACACGGUGUGGGGCGGAAGUGGAAACCAUUAAUCAUGCUAUUUUUAGGUGCCCACCGGCUCGUCAGGUCUGGGCUCUGGCCCAUGUUCCUGUUGGGCCUCUCCACUUUCCGACAGAUUCAGUCUAUGCUAAUGUUGACCAUUUUUUGGGUUCUACAAACCUGGGAUCACAGGUACAGAUUUUUCCUUGGCUUAUGUGGUAUAUCUGGAAAGCUCGGAAUGCCCGAGUCUUUGAAAAUCAAAUGGAUCGACCUGAUGAGAUUGUGCGUCUCGCGCAAGGAGAAGCGAACUCCUGGCUACAGGCACAGGUGGACGACGAGGUUGAGGAGGUUCCCUCCCACCCAAUAGUCCCAUCUAUUCGGUCGUGCGGACGUCCCGCUUCCCUCCCGGGGGUUUACCCGGGUUAUCGGUGUUUUGUUGAUGGUUCUUGGAAAAAGACAGACGUUUAUGCAGGAGCAGGAUGGGUUUGUACUUCUUCUCAGGGACUGUCCCCUAUUUUAGGCGCUACUAACUACCAGCGUAGUCUAUCUCCAUUACAUGCCGAGAUUGAAGCUUUCAUCUGGGCGAUGCGGUGUAUGAUUGGCCAUGACUUCCGAUAUGUGGCUUUCUUUUCAGACUGUUCGGACUUGGUGGAGAUGGUGUCUUCCCCACACGACUGGCCGGCCUUUGCAACCUACUUGGAGGGUAUUAAGUUGGAUCGAGAGGAGUUUUCUUCUUUUUCUUUAUCUUAUAUUUCUCGUAAUGCUAAUGUUAAAGCGGACUCUUUGGCACGCCAAGCGCGCCUAUCUCCGCUUCAUGUUUUGUUUGUAAACAACUUUCCGCCAAAUUGGCUCACUUGA